AUGGCCGCCGCUCUCACCGACAUGGCCGACCUGGAGGAGCUCUCCCGCCUGAGCCCUCUGCCCCCCGGCAGCCCCGGGCCGGCGGCGCGGGGCCGGGCUGAGCCCCCGGAGGAGGAGGAGGAGGAGGAAGAAGAGGAGGAGGAGGCGGAGGCCGAGGCGGUGGCGGCGCUGCUGCUGAACGGCGGCGGGGGCGGCGGCGGAGUGGGGGGCGGCGAGGCGGAGACGAUGUCGGAGCCGAGCCCCGAGAGCGCCAGCCAGGCCGGGGAGGACGACGACGAGGAGGAGGACGACGACGAGGAGGAGGAGGACGAGAGCAGCAGCGGCGGGGGCGAGGAGGAGAGCAGCGCCGAGAGCCUGGUGGGCAGCAGCAGCGGCGGGAGCAGCAGCGACGAGACGCGCUCGCUGAGCCCCGGCGCCGCCAGCAGCAGCAGCGGGGAUGGGGACGGCAAGGAGGGCCUGGAGGAGCCCAAGGGACCGCGGGGCAGCCAGGGCGGCGGCGGGGGCGGCAGCAGCAGCAGCAGCGUCGUCUCCAGCGGCGGCGACGAGGGCUACGGGACCGGGGGAGGCGGAAGCAGCGCGACCUCCGGGGGCCGGCGAGGCAGCUUGGAGAUGUCGUCCGAUGGGGAACCCCUGAGCCGCAUGGACUCGGAGGACAGCAUAAGCAGUACUAUAAUGGAUGUAGACAGCACAAUUUCCAGUGGGCGUUCAACUCCAGCAAUGAUGAAUGGACAAGGAAGCACUACUUCUUCAAGCAAAAAUAUUGCCUAUAAUUGUUGUUGGGACCAGUGCCAGGCUUGCUUCACCUCUAGUCCAGAUCUGGCAGAUCACAUCCGUUCCAUACAUGUAGAUGGUCAGCGAGGAGGGGUGUUUGUUUGCUUAUGGAAAGGCUGUAAAGUAUAUAACACUCCAUCAACCAGCCAGAGUUGGUUACAGAGGCACAUGCUGACGCACAGCGGAGACAAACCUUUUAAGUGUGUCGUCGGUGGCUGCAAUGCCAGCUUUGCUUCUCAGGGAGGGCUAGCUCGCCAUGUACCCACACACUUCAGUCAGCAGAACUCCUCAAAAGUCUCUAGCCAGCCAAAGGCCAAAGAAGAAUCUCCUUCUAAAGCUGGAAUGAACAAAAGGAGGAAAUUAAAGAACAAAAGACGACGCUCAUUACCACGACCGCAUGAUUUCUUCGAUGCACAAACACUGGAUGCGAUAAGACAUCGAGCCAUAUGCUUUAACCUCUCAGCUCAUAUAGAAAGUUUAGGAAAGGGACACAGUGUUGUUUUUCAUAGUACUGUAAUAGCUAAGAGAAAAGAGGAUUCUGGAAAGAUAAAACUUUUGCUUCAUUGGAUGCCUGAAGACAUUCUGCCUGAUGUGUGGGUGAAUGAAAAUGAACGACAUCAAUUAAAAACUAAAGUAGUUCAUUUAUCAAAGCUACCCAAAGAUACUGCCUUGCUUUUGGACCCAAACAUAUACAGAACAAUGCCGCAGAAGAGGUUGAAGAGAACUCUGAUAAGAAAAGUGUUCAAUUUGUAUUUAAGCAAACAGUGAACGACAUUUGCAAUCAACUAAAAAUUCGUCUAUCGAAUUAGGGCUGAGAAUUUCUGUUAAAGAGUGUUGCAGAAUGUCUGGUGGCUCCCCUUUCAGGAGUAGGGUUUUCUCAUGGAGUACAGUAUGUUAAUAUUUACGUAUAUAACUAAUCUGUUAACGGUUUUUGAAAAACCUCUAUUUCAAAUUAUUUGAAUAAUCCUCAUAUUUUCAUUUUAACCUAUAUAAUAAGCCUCUAUUUUUUUUUUUUUUGAGGAAAGCAGUUGGUUUGCGAGCUGUUUUUUUCUUAACAUAAGAAAAAUCGUAUUUUUUUUACAACUAUCUUCAAACUGAAUCCUUUAUGCACCAAAGUUGGUUUUGAAAAGGAGAA